AUGUGGUUAGUCAGUGAACGCCGGAGUCGCGCCGACGGAGACGGGAGCGCGCACUAUCCGCACCACGAGGCUCGCAGCGCGGCUGACGAGCUGCGCCCGUCGCUCAGCCAACGCACCGCCAGCAGCACGGUGGAGUUCAAGAGCGCGGCGUGCGCGGGGGCCGCCGAGCCACCCGCGCCGCCUCUGUCUGCUUUGCCGGACCCCCAACAGUUCAACAUUUUCCCGGCGUUCUUCAGCCGCCAGCUCAACUUCACCGGUGGAGGCGGCUGCGGCCAAGGUUCUAAGAUCAUGGAGGAGCUGCGGCCGAAUCUCGUGGGAGGACUGCUCGGAGUACCAGGACUGUUAGACGAACACCAGUCGGAUAACAAGUUUCUACCGUCCGGGGGUGAGAGCAAAUAUACACCAGAUAAAGGCCGCAAGUGUAGCAAUGCAUCAUCGUCAUCUGCAGAGGAGUUCGGCGGUUUGUACACAGAGCACGGAGCAACGCCGCCCGCGCCGCCCCGAUCUUUACAGGAUAACACAGCGGAAGGAGCCUUCAAAAAAUUAAAACCCGAGCCAGGCGGGAACUCUGGCGCAUCGGGAGGAUCGUCCGCUCUAUCACCGGCGCUGGGUCCACAGCAUGCUGGCCAUACGCCGACAACAGCUUCGUGUCCUACGCCUGCAAGACGGCGACAUCGGACCACAUUCACACAGGAACAAUUAGCAGAAUUAGAAGCGGCCUUCGCGAAGUCACAUUACCCGGACAUUUACUGCAGAGAAGAGCUCGCAAGAACCACCAAACUCAACGAGGCGAGAAUACAGGUGUGGUUUCAAAACCGACGCGCCAAAUACCGCAAGCAAGAAAAGCAACUACAGAAGGCGCUGGCUCCAGCUGUGUUGCCAGGUUGCAACGGCAUGAUGAGGAAUAUACAAGGCUACCGGGGAUACCAGCCGUACCCGCAUCCGAAUACCAUUAAUCGGUACCCGCAGCAUCACGGAAGCUAUGAGGAACUCCAAAAGGAUAUCUUCUCGUUGUCGCAAAUGGGCGGUGGCUCAUACCCCAUGCCGCAGGGCUUCUCUAUGGGCCACAGCGCCAAUAUGAGUGCCGUCGGCAUGCGUCAGGAUACCAUGGGUGAGAAGUAA